UGCACAGAUUGAUUGACAAGGCUGAUAUAUUGAUGUCUCUUGUACUUAUUAAGUGCAUCCGUUUUAGUAUGGUAAUGGUCAAAGUUAAUACCCUUUAUAUAGCAGCUGCUAAGUUGUGAGGAUGAAUCGGUAGGUUGGUUUCUUGAAACGAUUUUUAAUUGCCAUGAGAACAGUACAAUAGUGUCAUAGAACAAAAAAUAAUAAGCUGCAACCAUUUUUUCUGGUGAUCAUCCAAGAAUUUCAAAUGGCAUAUUUUGGUUUGUGAUGCUUUCUUGAUAAUGUUGGCUCUUUGAUUUCCAGCUUGGUUGCUCUUAUCUCAAAAGAUUCAAAAAACAAUUAUAUAAAAUGUCUGCUCCUCAUCGUCCACCACCACCUCCACCUUCCAGACCUGGUCAUGUUCAAGUCGUAAAAGCUGUUUAUCCAUAUGCCGCCCAGCGUGGUGAUGAGCUCUCCUUCGAGGAAGGAGAUCUUUUAUACAUACUUGAUAAGUCAGAUACAACAGGUUGGUGGAAAGCAAGAGUUGGUAACAAGACAGGUCUCAUUCCAAGCAACUAUGUUGCUGAUAAUACAGAAACCAUUGAUAAUCCGUUGCAUGAAGCUGCUAAGAGAGGAAACGUUAACUUCUUAAAUGAAUGUCUUAACAAUAAAGUUUCUGUAAACAGUCUAGACAAAUCUGGAUCUACAGCACUUCAUUGGGCUGCGUCUGGCGGACAUACAGAAUGCGCAAUAAUCCUUCUCAACGUACAAAAUACUUCUUUAAAUGUCCAGAACAAACUUGGUGAUACUGCUUUACACAACGCAGCAUGGAAAGGUCAUGUUGACAUUGUCCGAGCGCUACUUGAGAAAGGAGCGGUGAAAAACAUCAAAAAUAACGAUAAAAAGACUCCAUACGAUUUGGGACGAAAAGCAGAAGUAAAAGCUUUAUUGAAAGAAUCAUCCGUGUCGAAUGCUGGAGAGUAUGGUGUUGACGACGAGGAAGAUGAUGAAUAAAAAAAACAAUAGAACUAGAAGAACUCUCCAAAAAAGUUAACUAAAUUCAUUCAUGAAAAAAAAUUAGGAAAAUGAUUUAAAUAAAGAGUCAGUGAUGUACUUCUGGCCUUAAAACGUUCCGUUUUAGGGUUUCACGAUGAAGUAUUUUGUAAGUAGACUGUGUUCCGUUAAACACAUGUCUACUCUCUCCGCCACAGUGUUUGUGGAGUGUUUCUUUCUAUAAUUUAUUAUUUUUUUUAAUUAAUUUUUGCAUUUUCCUAUUUGUAUAUAUGUUUUACUUUUUGUUUAUAUACGCAUGCUCAAUUCGCAUUUCAUUAAGCUGUACGUUGUGUUAUUGCUGACUUCCCUCCAAGGCAAGCUUACUUUAGAUUUUUAUGAAGCGCUUUGUGCGUGACAAUUUAUUUUAAAUCAACAACUUUAUAUGCAUAAUUAAACCCCCUAAUUUUACGCCCGCCUUUUACUAGUGCUAUUUCUUAAAUGUUCACAACUAAACUCUAUUAUAAGACUUUUUUUAUUGCGUUGCAAAAACGAACGCCCUAGGGCGUAACAGAAGACCUUGCAGAGCUUACACAACUUGCACUUACGCAGUAUCUCCUGGUAAACAUUUUUGUAAAUUUGUUGUUCCUCAUACUGCGGUUUACACCGCAUAUUAAUUUAAGAAACCUUAUGAAAGGUCUUGCUCAAUUUUUUAAGGGCUGGGGACGAGGUGUGGACAGGUUUUUCGAUUAAGUUAAACAUAUAUUUUAUUUUUAAUGAGUUUUACAGGGUUGUGGCACCUGUAUCCUUUAUUUCUAGCCACUGUCCCCCCUUGAUCGUCAUGUCUAUAGUACUUUUGCAGAGCUGGUAAUUUUUUUAACGUUGGGUUUUAGGGUAUACUUUCGGUCAUCGUCACAUUACUUUGUAAUGUUUGUUCCUUUCGUUAGAUUUAGUUUUUUUUUAAUAUUUGAAUUUUUGGCGAUCUAGAACGAAAUUUGUUAGAAGUAAAUAUCAGCAGAUAUAUACAUAUAUUUCACGUUUUCUACCAAAUGUAUUUUUUCUGGAUUUUAAAAUUUAAUCCGGUUAGAGAAAUGAUCGGAACUUAUUGGAUUAAGUCUUUUUGGAAAAAUGUCCUGUAAAAUUCCUUUUAGAAGAAUAUUAUUCAUUUUGUGUUGA